UAUCUGGUGAUGGACUACUACGUUGGGGGUGACUUACUGACGCUUCUCAGCAAGUUUGAAGACAAACUGCCUGAAGAUAUGGCUCGGUUCUACAUCGGUGAAAUGGUGCUCGCUAUACAUUCCAUACACGAGCUGCAUUAUGUGCACAGGGACAUAAAGCCUGACAAUGUCCUUCUGGACAUGAACGGCCACAUCCGCCUGGCAGACUUUGGGUCCUGUCUGAAGAUGAGUGAAGACGGCACGGUGCAGUCAUCGGUAGCCGUGGGUACGCCCGACUACAUCUCCCCCGAGAUCCUGCAAGCCAUGGAAGAUGGGAUGGGGAAAUACGGGCCCGAAUGUGACUGGUGGUCACUGGGCGUCUGCAUGUACGAAAUGCUGUAUGGUGAAACUCCCUUCUAUGCUGAGUCACUGGUGGAAACCUAUGGGAAGAUCAUGAAUCACGAAGAACGGUUUCAGUUCCCAUCCCACGUUACAGAUGUGUCUGAAGAAGCGAAGGAUCUUAUUCAGCGACUCAUCUGCAGCCGGGAGCGCAGGCUGGGGCAGAACGGCAUCGAGGAUUUCAAGUCUCAUGCGUUUUUUGAAGGGCUCAACUGGGAUAACAUCCGAAACCUCGAAGCACCUUACAUCCCCGAAGUCAGCAGCCCUUCUGACACCUCCAACUUUGACGUAGAUGAUGACGUGCUGAGAAAUCCAGAAGUGGUGCCCCCAAGCUCUCACACCGGCUUUUCUGGACUGCAUUUACCGUUCGUUGGGUUUACGUACACAACUGAUAGCUCUUUAUCUGACAGAGGCACUUUAAAGAGUGCGAUGCAGUCUGACACUGUAACCAGAGAUGUGGAUGUGCAGCGCGACUUGAAGAACACUACACAGAUAGAGGGCUAUGAGAAGAAAAUACGGAAAUUAGAGCAGGAAAAGCAGGAUUUGAACAGAAAACUGCAAGAGUCGACACAGACAGUGCAGAACCUCCAAGGUCCGGUGUGCGUUACAGUAAAUGCAAGCCGGGAUAAAGAGAUUAAAAAAUUAAAUGAAGAAAUUGAACGGUUGAAGAACAAAUUAACAGAUAUAAGUAAACUGGAAGGGCAGCUCGCAGAUGCAGUGGCUUUUCGACAAGAGCACGAGGACUCCAUGCACAAGCUGAAAGGACUGGAAAAGCAGUGCCGAGUGCUGCGGCAGGAGAAGGAGGAUCUCCACAAGCAACUCGUGGAAGCCUCAGAGCGACUGAAGAUGCAAUCCAAAGAGCUGAGGGAUGCCCACCAGCAGAGAAAGCUGGCGGUGCAGGAGUUCUCCGAGCUCAGUGAGAGGAUGGGAGAUUUGCGCUCCCAGAAGCAGAAGCUGUCCCGCCUGCUUCGCGACAAAGAGGAGGAGGUGGAAGUGAGCAUGCAGAGAAUUGAUGCCAUGCGGCAGGACAUCCGUAAAUCCGAGAAGAUCCGAAAAGAGCUGGAAGCCCAACUUGAAGAAGCCGUAGCAGAGGCAUCGAAAGAGCGCAAGCUUCGGGAGCACAGUGAGGUCUUCUCCAAACAGCUGGAAAAUGAACUGGAGGCUCUAAAGCUGAAGCAGGGAGGCCGGGCAGCGGGUGCCACACUAGAACAUCAGCAGGAGCUUUCCAAAAUUAAGUCCGAGCUGGAAAAGAAGAUCUUAUUUUAUGAAGAAGAGUUGGUGCGACGAGAAGCGUCCCAUGUUUUGGAAGUGAAAAACGUGAAAAAGGAGGUCCACGAUUCGGAGAGCCACCAGCUCGCGCUGCAGAAAGAGAUCAUGAUACUGAAGGAUAAAUUAGAGAAAACAAAGCGAGAGAGGCACAGCGAAAUGGAGGAAGCAGUGGGUUCGAUGAAAGAGAAAUACGAGCGUGAGAGGUCGAUGCUUUUGGAAGAUAACAAAAAGCUGACGACAGAAAACGAGAGGCUCUGCUCCUUCGUGGACAAGUUAACAGCACAGAACAGACAGCUGGAAGACGAGCUCCAGGACCUAGCAGCAAAGAAGGAGUCUGUGGCUCACUGGGAAGCUCAGAUUGCUGAAAUUAUUCAGUGGGUGAGCGAUGAGAAGGAUGCUCGUGGCUAUCUCCAAGCAUUGGCUUCCAAGAUGACCGAAGAGCUGGAGUCACUGCGGAGUUCCAGUCUGGGGUCACGGACACUGGACCCGCUCUGGAAAGUGCGGCGCAGCCAGAAGCUGGAUAUGUCGGCGCGGCUGGAAUUGCAGUCUGCUCUCGACGCCGAAAUUCGUGCCAAGCAGCUCGUGCAGGAAGAGCUCCGAAAAGUUAAGGAUGCAAACAUCUCUUUUGAGAGUAAAUUAAAGGAAUCGGAAGCAAGAAACAGGGAACUCUUGGAGGAGAUGGAAGGUUUGAAGAAAAAACUGGAAGAAAAAUACAGAACAGAUUCAGGUCUCAAACUUCCCGACUUUCAAGAUUCCAUCUUUGAGUAUUUCAACACCUCUCCUCUUGCACGUGAUCUGACUUUCAGA